CUCAUUCUGUCGCCGAUCAGCCAAGCACAGUCGCUCGUUCACUCGUUUACAAGUCCGAGUACAUACCAAUACAAGUCCAACUCUAUACACACAGUUAUACAACUGCCCCAACUAUCAACCGGAACACCAGUCGCCAGCAUAACUCGUUCGCUUCUCGACUCAACCAUGGCUCGCUCGCUCGCUCUUCUCGCCUUUUCCAGCGCCGUCCUGGCUGCUCAAACCACCACCGUCAAGCUUCUGCUGCCCUUUGCCGAUCCCCAGCCUCUCGUUGCCUCCGUCGUCGCCGCGGACAGCUCGGCCACGACCUAUGCCGUAGGAUGCCCGCCAGGCACCGAUUCCGAUGAGUGUGGCUUCGCGGAGAGCCAAACCAUCACUCAGGGCCCAUCUACCUAUGCCUUCACGAUGGCUUACUCUGGAGAUGAAGGAUCUUACACCGAGAUUGCCCAUUGCAAGCUCUCCAGCGCAGUCGACGUCGCCUCUUGCAGCGCCUCCGUCUCCCAGGACGACGGCAACGGCAACACCAUGGCCACCGCCAGCGUCGGCACCGUCACCUUCCUGGACCUGCAGCUGCCCGUCACCGUCACCGCCGGCCUCGACAAGCUCCAGGCCGCUCCCGGCGCCACGGCCACCGAUUCUUCGGCUCCCACCGGCACCGGCACCGGCACCGGCUCCUCCGCAGCUUCUCAGACGACUGCUGCUUCCGGAGCUGCGCCCACGACGCUCGCCAGGCAGACAACCACCACCGGCACCCAGACCGGCACUCACACGGGCACUCAGACCACCUCGUCGACUGCCGGGCCCACGACGACCAACGCUGCCGGAGUCCUGAACGCUCGCAACGGACUGUUGGUCGGUGUUGCUGCCAUUAUCGGCAGCGCCAUGAUGCUGUAAAUGGAACGGAUAAAGACAUGUACUAUGAUGGGUUAGGAACAGCGUUGAGAUUUCUUUGAGCAAACGCGUUGUGGAUCAAUUUUGAAUAGGCCUUGAACAAAGCCAUCAGAUGUACAUGAAUCGCUGCAAUGUAUGUAUACCCCGAGGCAAGAUGUAGCACAAUG